AGUCUUCUACAACUGUAGUCACUGCCAUAAUUUUAAUAAGAAAAGAUAUGUAACAAUGUUUCGAACACAUUGAUGUUAUUGCAUGUUAUUGGUCUAAAAUAGUUUAAGAACAUACUUCAAUUGCAACAAGAUACCAGGUUAAAAUUAUUGUUAUAAAGGUGUGAGUUUACACUUCUGUAACGUAAUACAACAUUACUAUAAAACAUCUGUAACAAUGAUGAGAUCGGUGACACUGGGAACGAAUGCUUUAACAGUUCGAAACUUAAAUGCUUGUGACUGUUUAAAAUUUAACGGAACUCAAAUUCAAAGUAUAAGAUGGAAGAGGAAACCAAUUUGGUUACCUACAGCAAAGUCUAAAAUGUUUAGAAUACCACAGCAUGCUCCUAUGCCUGAAGAUGAAAAGAUUGAACUUCAACGAUUAUAUCAAAAUUAUAAAACACUGUCCAACUCUGUAUUAAAACAUUUUCAUAAAAAGUACAAUGAAACUAUAAAAAUAUUAGAGACACAUGUUGUAGAAGAAAAUAUGAAAAAGGAUUUUGAAGUAUGUAGUUAUCUAAAUGACUUAUGGAAUAAACAAGUAGCUGCAGCACGGAAAGAGAGAUUAGCCAAUGAGAGAGUAAAUCGUAUGGAAGAAAUUGCUAUGAAGUUAAAAGAAAAACAAGAAAGAGAUUUACAAAUUCAAAAACGAGUAGAUGCAGAAAUUAGGAAGGCAAAAGAAGAAUCUUCAACAUUUAUUACUCCUAAAAACAUAGACAAAAGUAUUGAUGAUGCAUUAGAAACUAUUGUAGAUCAUAAUGCUGCAAUUGAUCUGAAUGGUAAUUUUUAUAAUGAUGAGCCUAAAGUAUCUGUAUCAUUAAAUGCAACAAAUUGAAUAUAGGUAGUCUACAGUAAAUUGUUUAUAUCUUGAUAAGUCGUUUAAAUAAAUAUAACAACCUUGUACAUAAUUGUAUUUGUAUAUUCACUUCAUCACUAUCAAAUUUAAUUUAAUAAAUUGUUCUAAUUCACAGAAUAUGUUUAUUGAAAAUGAUCAUAUAUACUGUAAUGUAUUUAUAAUGUACAAUAACAAAAAGUUUAUAAACACAUUCAUUCAAAUUUGGUAAGCACACGUGCAUUACAACAUGGUACACAGACAUCAAUCAUUUUUUUGAUUUCUUAGCCUGUUUUUCCAUAUUGUUAUACCUUACACUCCGUGCAACUCAUCUGCACAAAUGUUAUUUUAACAACCUAAUAAUGUAUUAUCGUUAUACAGUUUUACAAACGCACACAAUGUUUUGCGAGUAAAAAUGAUAUAAUAGUGUAAUUUGCCUGCAUCGACGAUAAUCACAGAUAUUAAUUCGUAUGAGGCUUAUUUUUGUAGUAUUCACUGAAAUAUCGUAACUUUAACACCAUGAAAAUCUAUACCUGAAUGAGAUUGUGUUCGAACGCAUGAUUAAAAUGUUUAUAUGCGAUUUUACUUGCAUUAUGUAUUGCGACAUAUUUGUUAAGAAUAAUUACUUUUACAUUUCGUACAUACUUGUAACAUUAUGGUGUAAUCGUAUUAUCGGAAUAUCUUUGGUUUAAACAUACACAAUUUGUUUAGAAAAAACAAUGAUAAUUAGAUCACUAUUUUUGAAGUAAACUCGAAAAUUUAAAUAAACGCAUUUGAUGAUAAA